CUCGGAAACUUCUAGAACACCCCGGAGGUCUCGCGGCGGAGUUUGGAGAUCCUGACAGCCGGAAGAUGAGCGUUGUUGUCGGCCUGCCGGUCUGACAAAUGACGUGACUGGACGGACUUUUACCAACAAAUGUUUUUUUCUUUUACUGACAAACGCUUGAUUUUGUAACCGACAAAUGUUGGGUUUUUACCGACAAACGUUGGGUUUGUUUGCGGUGGUCGGAGCAGCGGGAGGAGCGUUCAGCUUUAAUCCGACAUUAGCGUUCAUCUGGCCGCCCUGUGACCGCAUGGGGAACCAAGCGUCGCGUCUAAGUUACGCAGAAGUUCCCACCGCGGAUCCGCACGGCGGGGACCGAGAGGAGGGUCCUCCUCGCAUCGGCGUCUCCUACGUUUUCUCCGGCGACGAGGACGCCGACGAGCCGGAGGAAAGCAGCCAGCGUGGCCCCGAGGAGGAGGUGGAGUGCUCGGUGUACCGGCUGGACGAGUGUCUGUUCGACAAGAGCCGCAAGUCUGCGAGUCUGGAGCUUUACUCCCCGGAGAACCUGCUCAACAAGUGCCGCCCCGGGGACCUGGUGGAGUUCGUGGCCGGCGGCCAGUUCCCCCACUGGGCCGUGUACGUGGGAGACUUCCAGGUGGUUCACCUGCACCGAGCCGAGGUGAAGAGCUCCUUCCUGACGGACGCCAGCCGAGGCCGGCGGUGCCGCGUCGUCAACGACUGGUACAAAUUCAGAGCCCGCAGCCCGGAGGCGGUGGUGCUGAGCGCCCUGGAGCAGGUGGGCGUCAAGGAGCGCCAGCUCGCCUGGAGGAACUCGGAGAGCUUCGCCGCUUGGUGUCGCUUCGGCCGCCGGGAGUUGAAGGCGAGCGGCGAGCUGCGCGUCGGCGGCCAGCCGUACACCCUGCACGUCCUGCUGGGGGACAAACACUCGCACGCCCGGGACUUCCACAGCCUGGAGGACGUCAUCAUGGAGAAGAGACGCGGAGACCGGCUGGGAAGAACCGCGCUGCUGCGGGAACUGGAGGCGCGCCUGAGCCGGACGCCAGCGCACUGAUACUGAUACCGAUGCGUUGAUACCAACCUAUGAUGAGCGAAUGUUACCACUGGUACCGAUACAUUGAUACCAACCUAUGAUGCGAAUAUAUCAAAGGCCGAUAUUACCACUGGUACCGAUACAUUGAUACCAACUUAUGAUGCGAAUAUAUCAAAGGCCGAUAUUACCACUGGUACCGAUACAUUGAUACCAACUUAUGAUGCGAAGAUAUCAAACACUGUUAUUAUCACUGGUACCGAUACAUUGAUACCAACCUAUCAUGCGCAGAUAUCAAACACCGAUGUUACCACUGGUACCGAUACAUUGAUGCCAACCUCUGAUGCGCCGAUAUCGAUAUUACCGCUCAUACACUGAUACCGAUACAUAGAUGCCAACCACUGAUGCGCAGAUAUCGAUAUUACCGCUCAUACACUGAUACUAAACAGUGACACACCGAUACGACCAUUGAUAUACCGACACCAAACACUGAUACAUUGAUGCUGCCCAAUGUUACACAGAUACCAAAACACUGAUAUGACCACUCAUACACUGAUAUUGAACAGUGAUACACUGAUACAUUGAUACCAACCAAUGAUGCUCAGAUAUCGAUAUUACCGCUUAUACACUGAUGCGUUGAUGCCAUCCAAUGUUGCAGAGAUAUCAAUCCCUGAUAUGACCAUUCAUACCAACCACUAAUACACUGAUACCAACCAUUAAUACACUGAUACAACCACUGCUACACUAAUACCAACCACUGAUAUACUAAUACGACCACUAAUACACUGAUACCAACCAUUAAUACACUGAUACAACCACUGCUACACUAAUACCAACCACUGAUAUACUAAUACGACCACUAAUACACUGAUACCAACCAUUAAUACACUGAUACAACCACUGCUACACUAAUACCAACCACUAAUAUACCGUUAGCAUGACCAGAUGUUGAUGCACACACUAUUGCACCACAAAAGUAGUACAUAGUAUAUCACGUGCAAAGUAGUACAUAGUAUAUCAUGUGCAAAGUAGUACAUAGUAUAUCAUGUACAAAGUAGUACAUAGUAUAUCACGUACAAAGUAGUACAUAGUAUAUCACGUACAAAAUAGUACAUAGUAUAUCAUGUACAAAGUAGUACAUAGUAUAUCAUGUACAAAGUAGUACAUAGUAUAUCACGUGCAAAGUAUUACAUAGUAUAUCACGUACAAAGUAGUACAUAGUAUAUCACAUACAUAGAAUAUCACGUACAUAGUAUAUCACGUUCAAAGUAGUACAUAGUAUAUCAUGUACAAAGUAGUACAAAGUAUAUCAUGUACAAAGUAGUACAUAGUAUAUCACGUACAUAGUAUAUCACGUGCAAAGUAGUACAUAGUAUAUCACGUGCAAAGUACUACAUAGUAUAUCAUGUACAAAGUAGUAUAUAGUAUAUAACGUGCAAAGUAGUACAUAGUAUGUCAUGUAUAAAGUAGUACAUAGUAUAUCACGUACAAAGUACUACAUAGUAUAUCAUGUACAAACUAGUAUAUAGUAUAUCACGUGCAAAGUAGUACAUAGUAUAUCAUGUACAUAGUAUAUCACGUACAAUGUAGUACAUAGUAUAUCAUGUACAAAGUAGUACAUAGUAUAUCAUGUGCAAAGUAGUACAUAGUAUAUCAUGUACAAAGUAGUACAUAGUAUAUCACGUACAAAGUAGUACAUAGUAUAUCACGUACAAAAUAGUACAUAGUAUAUCAUGUACAAAGUAGUACAUAGUAUA